AUGACUGCCAUCAACUCACCCAGAGACAAAUACAAUGCCGUUUGGAUUAUCUUUUUCAUCCUGGGCUUGGGAACCCUCCUGCCGUGGAACUUCUUCAUGACCGCCACUAUGUACUUCACCAGCAGACUGAAGGACCCGCCCAGCGGACCCUCCACAAAUCAGACUGGCAACAGCACGUUAGACGGCGGUGACUCCCGCAAUGUCCUAGAGUCAAAGUUCAACAAUGUGAUGACACUUUGCGCUAUGGUGCCUCUGCUCAUCUUCACCUGCCUCAACUCCUUCAUUCAUCAGAGGAUUCCUCAGAAGCUGCGCAUCUCUGGCAGCCUAUCAGUCAUCCUGGUGGUCUUCCUCCUGACUGCACUGUUGGUAAAGGUGGAUGUGGCCCCCUUGCCCUUCUUCACCAUCACUAUGAUCAAGAUCAUCUUCAUCAACUCAUUUGGGGCAAUUCUACAGGGCAGCCUGUUUGGACUGGCAGGAAUUCUGCCCGCCUCGUACACCACACCCAUCAUGAGCGGACAGGGCCUCGCCGGGACGUUUGCUGCCUUCUCCAUGAUCUGCGCCUUGGCCUCCGGCUCGGCUCUGCGGGACAGCGCCUUUGGCUACUUCAUCACGGCCUGCUUUGUUAUUCUUGUCGCCAUCGUCUCCUACCUCACCCUGCCCAAGAUGGAAUUUUUCCAGCACUACAUGGACAGCAAUGGAUCCAGGUCAUCUGCUGACGAAGAGAACAAGAUGGACCUUCUCAAACAAGGUGAAAAUGCAGAGAAGGUUCCGGUGGUGAGUCUGACGGAAGAAGACGGCACAGGGGGCGUGUCUGUGUUGAAAAUUUUUCGCAAGAUCUGGGUGAUGGCUCUGUCCGUGUGCUUCAUCUUCACCGUCACCAUCGGGACAUUCCCAGCCGUCACCGUCGAGGUCAAGUCUACAGUCGCCAACGGAGGCAGCUGGGAAAUGUAUUUCAUCCCCGUAUCCUGUUUCCUCCUCUUCAACGUGAUGGACUGGGGUGGCCGCAGUCUAACAGCCUUCUCUAUGUGGCCUGGCAAAGACAGCCGGUGGCUCCCAGCUCUGGUGGUCGCACGGGUGGUGUUUGUGCCGCUGUUCAUGCUGUGUAACGUGCAGCCUCGCUACUACCUGCCCGUGCUGUUCUCGCACGACGCCUGGUAUAUCGUCUUCAUGGUCCUUUUCUCCUUCUCCAACGGCUACCUGGCCAGCCUCUGCAUGUGUUUUGGACCCAAGAAAGUGUCGCAGCACGAGGCGGAGACGGCGGGGGCCAUCAUGGCCUUUUUCUUGUCCUUGGGUUUGGCGCUAGGGGCCGCCAUCUCCUUUCUCUUCCGAGCCAUUAUCUAA